AAAUACGAGGUGUGCCUACAUUUCUCCGUUUAUGGCGGCUAUGGCGGUAUGGCGGCGGUUCAAUACACUAUUCACUAUCCUACUAAUAUUCCCACUAAUAUGUCAGCACCUAUGAUUCCAAGAUCCUAGCCGUUUCGUCUCUCCCCGGACCUUGGUCAAAAGGUGGGAAUAGACCCCAGGAACCUAGUUUAUGAAAAUCCCCCUCACCAAGCGCGAAGCCUGAAGGGGUCCAUACCUUUUACCCGCUCUGUAGGCCUAGGUUGCCACUUACCUGUUCAAGUUAAUUAAUUACCCGUUAUUAACCUAUAGUCGCGUCCGUCGCAACUCGUAUAAACGCCGCGGCGUUGAAAUUCCGCAACAACAUCUUGUCGUUGGACCCUCGGGAUUUCCUCGUUCGCCGCGUAUACGACGGCCUGAUGAAUGAUUCUAAAGGUCGCGGAUCGUCGAGGAACGGGGCUUUGUUCCCGGAAAAUCUUGCGUUAGAAGCGAUUUGGCCCGGGCCUCUAAAAAAACCGGCAGCGAAAAAGUUCGUCAAUGAAUUCGUCGCCUCGCGCCGGGUAUCCGAGCUCGCCGACGGUUUCAAGAGAACUUGAAUGACGACCCUUCAUAACAUGAGCAAUUGGGCCGAGAAAGAACGUUUCGGCUUGCCGGAAUAUUUACUCAGAACGUGCCCCUCGUCUCUUCGGGAAGGGCGGAGAUUGAAGACGAAGUUCCGAUUGGGUUGCCACGACCUCCGGAGCUCGAGUUGCCGAAUGCAGCUUGUUCGUAACGCGCAAUGCCCUUGUUGCGAAUCUCGCGAGUCGGAAACAAUCCAACACACGUUGUUUGGAUGCGAGGCCUUUGAGGAAGAACGGGAGGCAUUUCUUGCGAGAUUAUACUCGGUUUUUGCCCCCUCGCACGGCAAUUGACUGACGAGUACCGCUGUCGGCUGGUCAUGGGGGACACCCCGGGAGAUUGAAAACCCGUUGUAUCGUUAUCUUAUUGCUAUUUCGAAGCUCCGGUUGGGUAUCCUGACCGAGCAGGGAGAAGGCUCUUAGGCUUGUUCCUUUUUUUAGGUCUUCCU